ACAGCAGGUGAAGGCAGCAUCGCGUCGUCCAAGUGAAACCGCUUCAAGUGAGUUUCGCGUCACUUUCGAGACCAAAGUUUCUGAAAUAACUCGUCGCUUCUCUUCGCUCUUGUCUCGAUGGCCACGUUGCGCGAGUGUCUUUUCCGCUUGGGAAAAACUCAAAACGAGACUUUUUUUUGGGGGGGGGGGCGUUGAGAUCAGGUGGUUCGCAUGCUAGCAGCUAGCCGACAAAGUUGUGAGACGACAGAAACUUUGCUUUUUCUUUCCAGCGUUCACACCAGUGGAUGACUUUGUUCGUUUGUAUUGUCUAUUUUGUCUUUUUUUGUGUGAGUUUUUGUUCAUCUCGUGUUCAUGCACCUGUUGCUGCGAAGACAGUGACCCCGCCCAUCGAAAACUCUGUCUGCGUGUCAAUAGACGCAUUCCAAUGUUCGCUAUUCGCUACGGUGAACUAUUGACGAAGAGGACCAUCAAAUUGUUUGCUUUGUUGGACCCCCAGCCCCGCCCCCAUCGACCUUCCCAAUUCGCUUCCGCGUAGAUGCCGGACAAGGCCGGCCCGGGUCCAGUUUGGCCGGCGCCCGCCGGGGCGGUGUCCCCCGGCGAGUGUCGGCGGGCGGCGGCGGCCCUCGAGCGUCUGGGGGCCAAGCUCAUCGAGGAGGAGGAGUGGCGGGGCCACGUGGGCCGCGUGGCGGCACUCCGGGAGACCUUGGACAGCCCGCUCUUCGCGCACGUGCUCGCUUUGCAGAGCGCCGUCGCCCACCUCAAGGAGCAGUUAAGUACGCCGCUUCCGGAGGGCAGCCGGCGCUCGGGCUUUGCGCCGAACAGCGCGUCCGCGGCCAGCCGCGCCUCGCCCCCGUCCUCGGCCGUCCCGACCGACGACUCGGCCGCGCUCGUCCUCGAGGCCCCUCCUUCGCCCGACCGCCUUCACCGGUGGAUCGCGGCCGUGGCCGCGGGUCGGCCGACGGAGCGCGUGCAUCUGACGCGUCCGGCGUCAGGCGGUCUGGGCUUCAGCGUGGCGGGCCUCCACCCGGGAAGCGGCGGUCCCGACGUCUUCGUCAAACACAUCCAGCCCGGAGGCGUCGCUGACAGGGACGGGCGCCUGCAGGUGCUCGAUCAGAUCCUGGUGAUCAACGGGCGCCCCCUGGAGGCGGGCAUGAGUCGGCGUCAGGCGUUGGCUUGGCUGCAGAUGCCCCGCCCCACGGUGGACUUGACGGUCGCCAGGGACCGCCCCCCCGGGGACACGCCGCCGCAGACGUCACUCCCAUCGUGUUCACCGCCCGCCGCCGCCGCCGACGUCAACGCCGUAAGACGAGCUCAACCUCACAUUUCAACAUCAAACGGCCCCCCGGCCGUCGGCCCGUCUCCGACGAGAGAUCGCGGCGUGACCUUCUCCGAGGCCGAGUGGGCUCACGCGGAAGAGAUCCAGCUGCUCAACGACGGCUCGGGCCUGGGCUUUGGCAUCGUGGGCGGGAAGACCGCCGGCGUGGUGGUCCGGACGCUCGUCGGGGGCGGCGCCGCCGACAGGGACGGGCGCCUGCGCCCGGGCGACCGCAUCCUUCGCAUCGGUGCCACGCCCACCGACGGGCUCAGCAGCGACGAGGUGGUCCAGGUGCUGCGAGCGUGCGGGAGUCGGGUGACCAUGCUGGUCGCCAGGGGCCGGGGCGGUCAGAAGAGCAAAUCCCCUCCGCCGCCGCCCGACUCCGCCCCCGUGUCGUUCCCUCGGCAGCCCCGGCGCCGGCCCGACAAGACGCCCAACCUGGACGGCUACGAGAUACACGAGGUUCCGCUCACCAAGAAAGACGGAGAAAGCCUCGGAAUCUCCAUCAUUGGACAAAACCCCCUCACCAGUCACGAUGCGGUGGGCGUGUUCAUCAAGCACGUGGUCCCGGGCAGCGCCGCCCAUCACAGCGGCAACAUCAGAGUUCAAGACCGACUCAUUGCCCUGGACGGUGUCAGCCUCCACGGUCUGACCAAUCAGGAAGUCGUGGAGGUCAUGAAACGGACGGGACGCACCGUGCUCCUCACGCUCGUCCGUAGGAACAACAACGCCGCCGAAAGGUCCCUGGACAGAGUGGAGUCUUCUCGUGGGUCACUGCGAAGGUCACCAGACUUCAAGACGACGUAUUUGGACACACACAACUCAAGCAGCACUCCUGAGGCGGCUCUGAAGGCCAAGUGGCAGCGGGCUCUCGGUCCAAACCACCAAGUCCUGGUGGUCAAGUUGCAUCCCGCGAUUGAGGACCACGCCCAGCCGCAGAGGUCCUCCAAGCUCCUUCCCGUCCACACGCUUCGCCUGGGCCUGGAGUUGGACUCGUUCGACGGCCACCACUACCUCUCCUGCGUGGUGCCCGGAGGCCCCGUGGACAAAGAUGGCGUCCUGAGAGCAGAGGACGAGCUGCUGGAGGUGAACCAGGUGCCGCUGUGCGGAAAGUCUCGUCGGGAGGUGCUGUCCUUCCUCAAGGAGGCGCCGCCGCCUUUUACGCUGGUCUGCUGCCGACAGCUGACGUCCGACUCAGAAGCCGAAAAAGAGUCGGAACGACGCGGACGCGGCGUGGAUGACGAAUCGGAGGAGGAAGGUGGCGAGCUGGCCCUGUGGUCUUCUGAGGUGGACGUGUUGGAGCUCCGCAAGGAAGCCGGCCAAGGCCUGGGCUUCAGCAUUCUGGACUACCAGGACCCUUUGGACCCCGGCGGCUGCGUGAUGGUGAUCCGCUCGCUGGUGGCGGGCGGCGCGGCCGAGCGCGCCGGCGCUCUGCUUCCCGGCGACCAGUUGGUUUCCGUCAACGGCAUGAGAUGCCGCCGCCUCCUUCGCCCGUUGCUCUUUUCGCACCUCCUUCCUCUUCCGGCUUUCCUUCUUUCCUCCCGCCUGGACUUUACGGACUCGAUUGCGGACGAGGGCCCGUUCCGCGCCGGCCCAACGUGGGGAGCGAAAGCUGGACCGGAAUCCAGUGCCAAAGUGGCCCGCAUCCCUUUCACCUUCUAUCCGCCUCCCUCCUCCUCUCCUUCUUCAUCCCCCUCCCCCGGUUCGGCCCUCGGCCCAGCGGAGGAGGAGGCGGGGCUCGCCGAGACCGCCGGCCCUCCGCCGGCCCCGUCUUCCCUGACGUCCGACCCCGCCGAGGAAGAGGAGGACGAGGGCGGGGAGAUGGCGGUGGACGACGACGAGACGGAGACGACGGCGCCCCCUUGGUGGGAGCGGUGGAAGGCGGCGUCCUCGGACACGCAACAGACCAAAGACGGACAACUUCCUGGUGAGCCGGAUCCACGUUUGACUUUGAUUUCGCCAGCCAUAAACUCAAUGCAAAACGCGCGCGCAGGCCCAGGCGGCGACGCCGAGGCCGACUCGGAACUCAGCGGUACAGACACCGAGUCCGUCGUCAGGAUGAUUGACGCUGAGAAGCGGAGGAGGCGCAGUCACGGAGGAUUCUCUGCUGCCAGAAGAGGGGGCGGGGAGCUUCCAGAGCGCGAACAGGGCGAAGGUGAGGAAACUCCUCGCUUCAGUCACUGGGGACCACCGCGCAGGGUGGAGGUACGCCCCGAGGCGGGCGAGUCGCUGGGCCUGAGCAUCGUGGGCGGCCAUCACGUCAUCAAGCGUCUGAGGAACGGCGAAGAACUCAAGGGGAUCUUCAUCAAGCAGGUACUCCGCGGAAGUCCCGCCCACGCCACCCGUGCCCUCAAGACCGGGGACAAGAUCCUGCAGGUGUCGGGUGUGGACCUACGAGCUGCCAGUCAUGAAGAGGCGGUCCACGCCAUCAAAUCAGCUGGGAGUCCCGUGGUCUUCGUCGUCCAGAGUCUGUCUGCUAACCCGCGAAUGGUGCGAGGAGCCCCGCCCCCCUACAGGCCUCCUGGCCAAUCAGAGCGGGAGCUGCUGCAGCCACCCCAAGGAUGCUACACGUGUUGUUGUGUGCCGCUGCGGUCCGCCGGGGGCGCCGCUGAGCUGCACUUGCCUGAGGCGGGGGCGGAGGAGAGGGGCGUUCUAGAGACGGCGCAAGCGCAGCACACACACACACACACACACACACACACACACACACACACACCCUCUUGUAGACCUUUGGAUGUCAUGAGGCGAGACAGAAGCAGGUUGCUGAUGGAAGAACCUUGGCGUGAGCUGCCGGGGGAGCCGCUGUGCGUGGAGCUGGACAAGGAAGCGGGCGGCGGCGUGGGGCUCAGCCUGGCCGGGAACCGGGACCGCCGCGCUCUCGGCGUCUUUGUGGCGGGACUCCGCCCGGGCGGGACAUCGUGCGGAGGGGCGCCCGUACGCGACCUAUGCCCUGUGGGCUCUGUGCGGCAGGUCAACGACCAGGUUCUUUACGGACGGAGCCACCGCAACGCCUCGGCCCUCAUCAGGAGCUCCGCCUCCAAAGUCAAACUGGUCCUGCUCAGGGGCCAAGACGGCAUAGGGCAGACGGCGCUCCCGCCCUUCCCGCCGCCCCCCGAGAGUGUCUCGCCGCCUGCGGGGGACCCGCUCGUCCCGGCGGAAUGGCCGCACCCCCCCGAGCGCGACAUGCUCCGCCCGCCCUCCGAAGAAGACACGGACGCCGAGGUCGUCGGGGCCCGCCGCGACAACGACAACGACGAUCCCGAGGAGGCGCCGCUAACAACAACGGCGGCGUGUGACAGUGACGAGUCGUGCGGCGAUGACGACAUCGACGCCGCGUCACCCGACACCCGCGCAGGAAGCCCCGCCUCCCGGGACCCGUCCACCUGCCCCGUCCUUCCGGGACGAGAGACCACCUUGGAGAUCCGCAAAGGUCGUUUGGGGCUGGGCCUCAGCGUGGCGGGAGGCGCCGACACGCAGCUCCGUGCCGUGGUGAUUCUGGAGGUGUACGACGAGGGAGCGGCAGCCAAAGAUGGCCGCCUGUUGCCCGGCGAUCGGAUUCUGGAGGUGAACGGCGCGGACCUUCGGCGGGCGUCUCACGAGGAGGCCGUCGCGGCGUUGAGGCGGCCGUGUUCCAAGGUGGCCGUGAAGGUUGCGCGGCGCGCGGAGACCGACGCCGGCUGGUCCGGCUCCGCCCGGCCACGGGGCCUCGGCUUCAGCGUCGCCGGGAAGAGGAGCGGCCGCGGCGCGUUCGUCUCGGAGGUGGCGCGAGGGGGCGCCGCCGAGCCGGACGGCCGUCUGACGCGAGGCGAUCGGAUCCCGUCGGUCAACGGCGAAGACGCCCCAAACGCAACCCAGGAAGCCGGCGCCCCCGUUUUGAAGCUCCAUGACGGCGGAAGAAGUUCAAAAGAAGAGGAGGAGGAGGUGGAGGACGACGACGAGGACACUUCCUGUCCUACCAAAGACACAAGCGCCCACCUGCGCACGGUGCACAUCACCAGGGCUGCGGGGGACUCCCUGGGGCUGAGCAUCGCGGGGGGGCGGGGCAGCCCUCUGGGGGACGUCCCCGUCUUCAUCGCCAUGAUCCAACACCGCGGCGCCGCCGCCAACACGCGGCGGCUCAAGGUCGGCGACAGGAUCGUGAGCAUCAACGGCCGGUCGCUGGACGCUCUGUCGCACCGCGACGUCGUCGGCGUGCUGAAAGAAGCCUCCGGAAACGUCUGUCUGCAGGUGGUGGCGGACACCAACGUGGCCGCCAUCUUGAGUCGGAUGCAGAAUUUGUCCAGCGGCGCCUCCGCUUUUCUUCCUCCCGUCGGCUCGCCCGCUGACCACGCCCACCCACAAGGACGAGGUCGUCGAACAAUCGCGGUGGAGAAGACGAGCGACGGUUUUGGCUUCAGCAUUGUUGGGGGAGUGGGGAGCGCACACGGAGAUCUGCCCAUCUACGUCAAGACGGUCUUCGACAAGGGGGCGGCAACAGCGGAUGGGCAUCCGAAGCGCGGCGACCAAGUUUUAUCGGUAAACGGUGAAAGUCUGGAUGGAGUCACGCAUGAGCAGGCUGUGGCCAUCUUGCAGAAACACACGGGAACCGUCACACUCGAGCUCCUGUCCUAACUCACACACACACAGGCCAACCCCCACCCAAUGGCUAAAACGCUUCUCUCACGCACCCCCAAUCACGUAAGGCUUUAGCUUCAUGCCUGGAUGCUAAUGCUAGGAGGUAGCCUGAUUGUGAAGCGACCGCUCGCCAAGUGCUACGUUAGUGCGCGGAAGUCUCGGCGGCGACUUCGCUCAGGAUGGCGAGACGCCGUUUGGACAGCCGACCAAAGCUGCCCGUGAUCGUCCUCCACAAACGACACACGUUUAGUUUUGCACAAGCGCUCGUCGAUACUAACUCGCUUUCAACUGCCUCAGCUUGAAGAUUCGAAUAAAUAGCAGCGAGCUCCACAAAGGACACAAUGUAGAUUGGAACACGCCACGCCCACCACAUUUGUGUAUUUGACUCGCGUUCAAUAAAAGUGAAAAGUAUUCACACA